GCGAAGAUCAACCCACACCUCAUAACGAAUCGGCCUCCUCGUACGCGCGUGUUCAGGCAACGAGAAUACGGCCUCGCUCUACAUAUACGUACGGUAUCCCGUCGUUCGUACAGCCUGUACCUCUUUCCCAUUUGACCAAGCCGCUUCGAACCAUACUUCCAACGAUGAAUGUCAUCAAGCUGCAAAGAAAGUACCCCCAAUUUCAACAGGCGGAUAUCUUUGCGCUGCAAGAUGCUUUCCGCAAGCUCGAUGUUGACGACAAGGGCUACCUGGACGAAGCUAGCACCAUCCGUGCCGUACAGAACAGUGAGCGACAACCGUACGACGUGGUGCGCCAGGCUUUGAAGGAGGUCGAGCUUGACAGCUCGAGGAGAGUGGAAUUUGAUGAUUAUAUCGACCUGAUUGCCCGCCUUCGUGAGUCUUCACCAGCGCAAAAGCGCAUGUCUACGGGCGCUUCCGGCGGUGCAAAGCCACCUGUGUCGCACGCGUCGAAACCCAGCAUUGGUAGCAGUGGUGGCAAGAUCCAGAUCGGCGGUUCCACGGCAUCUUCUACGCACACGAUCAACGAGGAUGAGCGUACGGCGUUUACGAGCCACAUCAAUGCGGUUCUGGCCGGUGACCCAGAUAUUGGACACCUGCUGCCGUUUCCGACUGAUACCUUCGAGAUGUUUGACCACUGCAAGGACGGCCUAGUGCUUGCGAAACUCAUCAACGACAGCGUACCGGACACAAUUGACGAGCGUGUCAUGAAUAAGCCGGGCAAAAAGAUUAAAACGCUAAACAACUUUCACAUGACAGAAAACAACAACAUCGUAAUUGAAUCUGCCAAGGGUAUCGGAUGCUCGGUAGUGAACAUCGGUUCGCAGGAUAUCAUUGAGGUUCGGGAGCAUUUGAUUCUUGGUCUUAUUUGGCAGAUCAUCAGGCGAGGACUUUUGGGCAAAAUCGACAUUAAACUGCAUCCGGAGCUGUAUAGGCUGUUGGAGGACGAUGAAACAUUAGAGCAGUUCUUGCGACUCCCUCCUGAACAAAUUCUACUCCGCUGGUUCAACUAUCAUCUAAAGAAUGCGAAGUGGCACCGCACUGUCAGCAACUUCUCCGCCGAUGUCAAAGACGGAGAAAAUUACACCAUCCUGCUCAAUCAGCUCAAACCUGACAUUUGCUCAAGAGGGCCUCUCCAAACUCGUGAUCUGCUACACAGAGCCGAACAAGUCCUCGAAAAUGCCGAUCGAAUCCAGUGCCGCAAGUUUUUGACCCCCACCUCACUCGUCGCUGGAAACCCCAAGCUUAAUCUUGCUUUUGUGGCCAACUUGUUCAACACCCAUCCUGGCCUAGAUCCGAUCACGGAGGAAGAAAAGGCCGAGAUUGAAGACUUCGACGCGGAAGGCGAACGUGAAGCACGCGUAUUCACGCUUUGGCUGAACUCGUUAGAUGUCAAACCCGUUGUACAGUCUUUCUUCGAGGAUCUCAAAGACGGGACAAUUUUGCUGCAAGCCUUCGAUAAGGUUAUUCCCGGCAGCGUGAACUGGCGACAUGUGAAUAAGCCUCCAUCGUCGGGUGGAGAAAUGAUGCGCUUUAAAGCCGUGGAGAAUACGAAUUAUGCUGUUGAGAUUGGUAAGCAAGAGCGCUUCUCGCUGGUCGGAAUUCAAGGCGCAGACAUCACGGACGGUCAGCGAACUCUCACCCUUGGUCUUGUCUGGCAACUCAUGCGCCGCGAUAUCGUUUCUACCCUUGGGAAUCUAGCGAAAUCCAUGGGCAAGCGCGAGAUCUCUGAUGCGGACAUGGUUCGAUGGGCCAAUGAUAUGGUGAAGAAAGGUGGCAAGUCCUCAGCUAUCAGGUCGUUCAAGGAUGCAUCAUUGGGCAAUGCCAUCUUCCUCCUCGAUGUCUUGAAUGGCAUGAAGAGCGCCUAUGUUGACUACGAUCUUGUGGCUGCAGGCCGGACAGACGAAGAGUCAUACAUGAAUGCCAAGCUUGCAAUCAGUAUUGCGCGUAAGAUGGGAGCUACCAUCUGGCUAGUGCCGGAGGAUAUUGUUGCGGUACGGAGCCGUCUCAUCACUACUUUUAUCGGCAGUCUGAUGAAUACGUAUGAGAAGAUGCACUAGAGACGAGCUAUGUUUGGCAUUUGACACUCCCGAAUUAUGAAGAUUGUCCACGGUGCCUGAGCAUGAAGUAGGCAAACAAGAUCUCGAGAUUCAACCACUUUAGUUGAGAUGCGGAUAUGUGUAGGAACGCGUACUUGAAAAUAAAAGAUCAGUUGCGAAUGUUGAAGUUCUCGGCCAGGUGGAAAUUUAUAAAUCGUCAAUUCACCGGCCCACUUUUUACAUCGAAAGUAGUCCCGAUUUUCCCAGUAUUUGACAUAAUUUAUCGCACAAUUAGCUUUCCCG